GUUUCUCGAUUAGUAGCUGAACCGCAGCAACGGCUGUUACACCGGUUAUAUUAAGUUCGAUAAAGAUAGUGUUUCGUUUUUGAAUUGCCAUUAAGAAAAAAAAAUGGUAAAGGCGAAAAAAUUCAUUUUGGAUAAAUCGUUUGCCGGGGCUCCUAAAGAAGAUAAUUUUAAACUAGUCGAAGAACAGCUUGGAGAAUUAAAAAAAGGAGAAAUAUUGGUGGAAGCUAUUUGGAUUAGUGUCGACCCAUAUAUUAGACCUUAUUCUAACCAUGUACCGGCAGGAACUACAGUUAUGGGCUCACAAAUUGCCAAAGUUAUUUCAUCAAAUAAUGAAAAUUUCGCUGAGGGUCAAUUAGUAUUCUGUUCGACCGGCUGGAAGACUCAUAGUAUUAUUAAUCCUAGUCUAUUGGAAAAAGAUAUAAUGCCUAGAUUUUAUGCAUUGCCUAACUUUGGAAAUUUAUCUUCAUCAUUGGGACUUGGAGUACUUGGAAUGCCUGGAAAUACUGCUUUAUUCGGUUUUCUGAAUAUAUGCGACCCUAAACCAGGAGAAACCGUCGUGAUUAGCGCCGCAGCCGGUGCAGUUGGAAGUCAUGUAGGACAAAUCGCUAAAGACUUGGGGUGUUACGUCAUAGGUUUUGCUGGAUCUGAUGACAAAGUCAAGUGGUUAAAAGAAACUCUCAAGUUUGAUGCGGCAUUUAAUUACAAAACAAAAGAUGUAACUGCAGCACUUUUAGAAGCGGCCCCGCAGGGCGUAGACUGUUAUUUUGAUAACGUUGGAGGAGAAUUUAGUAGUGCAGUUAUAUAUCGAAUGAACAAUAGUGGGCGCGUAUCUGUAUGCGGAUCAAUUUCAUCGUACAACGCCAAUACAAAAGAAUUGCCAAAAGUACCUAUGUUACAACCAGCAAUUGUUUUUAAGCAAUUAAAAAUUGAAGGCUUCAUUGUAAGCAGAUGGGGUGAUAAAUGGAUGAGUGGUAUCGAACGAAAUUUAAAUCUCAUCAAAGAGGGUAAACUUAUUUAUCCAGAACACAUCACCGCAGGAUUCGAAAAUCUACCUCAAGCUUUUAUGGGCAUGUUGAAAGGAGAAAAUAUAGGAAAAGCAUUAGUAAAAGUAUAAAAAAAAAUAUUUCAACAAAUAAUAUAUUAUUUUAUAUAAUUGUUGAUUAGGCAUUGAUAUAAUUUUUAAUAUUUUUUGUUUGUGUUCGCGUACACUUUAUUUUUACUUAUUAAAAUGUAUUUUAUAUUUUGUAUACAUUCUGUACUUAAAAUGCUGAUUUUAUAGCAACAUAAUACACAAUAGCAUUAUUA